GAACGCACUUUGGAAGUCACAUACGUCAAAAUGGCUGAACUGAUCGCGAUACCAUUGAAAAAGCCUUCCGACGUAGAUAUAAUAAAACCGCUUACAAAUGUCAUUAAAUCGACCUACAACAGCCCGGGCAAUCAGAAGGAUUAUACGGAGGCUAUCGCGGAAUUUAGCAAACUGAGAAACAACGCUCUUUGGCGGGCCUUUGAGAAGUAUGAAAGUUCCUUGCAGGUUAUCUACAGUUAUUAUGAUCAGUUAUGUGCUCUGGAAGGAAAAAUUCCUGCUCACGAAUUACAAAUACCAUUCAAGUGGAAAGAUGCCUUUGAUCGUACAAUUUUUGGUGGAAACUUAGUUUAAGUAACCAUUAGCACAUUGGCAUAUGAAAAAGUAUGCGUACUUUUCAAUAUUGCUUCUUUACAAAGUUCGGUAGCUGCUACACAAUCGUUAGACAGCGAUGAAGGAUUGAAGCUGUCAGCCAAAUUAUUUCAGCAAUCAGCUGGAAUAUUUAAUUAUUUGAAAGGAAAUGUCAUGAUGGCAAUUCAACAAGAACCGACACCUGAUAUUAGCCCAGAAACACUCGGAGCAUUGAGUGCGUUAAUGCUUGCGCAAGCACAAGAAAUAUUUGUGCAUAAAGCGAUUCACGAUUCUAUGAAAGAUGGUAUUGUUGCUAGAUUAGCAGCACAAGCAGAAGAAUUAUAUGCAGAUGCUUUGAAAUUAUUUCAAAAAGAGAUUUUCCGUGCAUUUUGGGAUAAAGAAUGGGUGCCUUUGAUAGCAGGUAAACAAGCUGGUUAUCGCGCUAUGGCUGAAUUUUAUCAAUCACUCGUAUGUAAAAAUAAUAAAUCAAUUGGAGAAGAAAUUGCUAGAUUAGAGCAUGCUGUGGAAUUGUUCAAAGCUGCCCAGCAGAGAUCAAAUAAACCGAACUUAUUCCAAGAUUAUGCCAACAAAGCACAGAGAAAUCUAACGGAAGUAAAAAAGGAUAAUGAUUUUAUUUAUCACGAAAGGAUUCCAGACAUCAAGAAUGUAGAAGCUAUAGGGAAAGCCAGCGUUGCUAAAUUACUCCCGCUUCCCGAAAUAUUUAGUUCUGAUUUUAAAGAUUUGUUUGCGGAACUAUUACCUGUUACUAUACACAAUGCAUUGUCAGCUUACGAGAAUCGUCGUAAUGAGCUUGUUAAUUACGAAGUUUCAAAUCUGCGAGAAAUGACUCAACUUUUAAACAGUGUUUUAGCAAGUUUGAAUCUGCCAGCAGCUAUAGAAGAUACAAGUGGAACAGAAAUACCUCAAUCGCUAUUGGAGAAAGCACUUUAUGUGCGAAAUGAAGGAGGUAUACAAGCUUUGGAACUAGCUAUGAAAGAGUUGCCUGAUUUAUUGCAACGUAAUAAAGAACUUUUAGACGAGUGUGACAGAAUGUUGCAAGAAGAACGUGAUUCCGACAAUCAACUAAGAGAACAAUUCAAAGAACGUUGGAAGCGAACACCCAGUGUCCGAUUAACGGAACAAUUUACUAACAAUUUACAAAAAUAUCGUGAAAUUAUAAAUAAUGCAGUUACUGCUGAUAAGGUGGUUCGUGAAAACUUCGAAAAUCAUAAAGAAGGAAUGGAAAUUUUAAGUCUGGAUGAGGAUGAACUUACAAGGGUUGUUCCACAAGGUUCAGCUGUUCAGGAGAGUAAUGUUGUUAUGCAACUCAGGAAAUUAAUGGAUCAAGUAGAAACAUUGAAAGCUAAACGAGAUGCUAUUGAAAGCGAAUUCAAAUCCGCUACCAAUGAUAUGAAGACUACAUUUCUUUCGGCUCUAGCCAAAGACGGCGCGAUCGAUGAGCCAAAUUUAUCUGUCGAGAGUUUGGGAAAAUCUUAUGGGCCCUUACAAAAACAAGUACGAGAAAGUAUAGCGCUUCAAGAAAAAUUAGUCGCUGAAAUUCAGACAUGUCAUACAGAAUUUACGAAUGAACAAGCUGGUACUGGUAGUGCGCGAGAAGCGAUGCUCUGUAAAUUGGCUUCCGCUUACGACGCAUUUAAAGAGCUAAAGAGCAACCUAACAGAAGGAGUUAAAUUUUAUAACGAUUUAACGCAGCUACUGGUAGUUUUCCAAAAUAAGAUAUCAGACUUCUGUUUCGCACGAAAAAGAAAAGAGGAACUGUUGAAAGAUUUAACAACGAACUUGAGUCAUACCGGUCCCGCUACAACGCCAAACAUUCCAUCUCAUCAUAGUGGACCGUCUGGUGUCAAUCAACCAGCGGAAAUGGGUACAGCACCGCCGCAGCUACCAUAUCACGCACACCAAGGUGGUAUGCCUAUACCUUACGGCGCUACACCAGCAACGCCCUAUCCAACGUAUGUUCCUCCACCGAUGCCAACAACGUACAAUCCAUAUGCUACAAUGCCAUACCCACAACAAGGAGCUUACAAUCCGUUUCAAGGUAUGCCUCAAGUUCCAUACGGAGGCUAUGCGACAUUGCCGCGUUACGGUGGUGCUCAGCCCCCACAUGGUCAAAAUCCAUGGUGAAUUAUACAAGCAGAUUUAGUAUACACUGUGAUUUUACGUAAAUUGCAUAACAAUUUCAAUAUUUAUGUAUAAUAUUUUAUACAAAAACCUGCUAUAUAUUAAUCAAUAUUCGGAGCUAAUAUUGUGUAAAGUUAAGGGAAUUUGCGUUUACUAAUCGUUUCGCCAUACCGAGGAUGCCUUCAGUUUGAUGCUACAAAAGUUUUAAUUUACUUUAUUGAUUAAUCGCACGGGAUGAAAAAGGCAAAUAUAUUUUUGCUCGGAUUAAUUAAUAAAGAUUUAAAACUUUCUUAGCAUCAAAUAGAGUGCAAUUCUCGAAUCCUCCAAUAUAGAUUGAUCGUUGGUAUUUGUUAAGCUUUAAGUGCUGCUUAUCAAUUUGUGUAGAGAGCACAUAUUAUCGAUUUAUAAAUAUAUUUUGUAAAAUAAAAAAAAAUAUAUAUAUAAAUUA